UAUUGUGCUUUUGUGCUUGCAGACAGGCAGGCGAUAGUCUCUUCUGUCCAUCCUCUUCGCCAGCUGCCAUAACGAAACCCCACUGUGCUCAUGACUCUUUGCGCAGUCUGGUAGACUACAGAGUAUACAGACCUCUACAUUAUAGCCUUCACCGUCGGUUUUGCCAACCGAUUUUAAUGAUACUCAAAGGACCGUCUAAUUUACCGGGCCACGGUCGGCGCCUGUGAUUAGAAUGUCGAUGCGCAUGACGAUUCGAUCAUUCAAAGGGGAGGAUCAGCUCUAACAUUCUGUGUCAAAUUACGGCAUUUACGCUGUCUGUAGUCAUUAUAAGGCUUCAAAGGUUAGGCUUCUCAAUUGACGGUUUCUAAUAUUAUUUUUUAGAUCGAAGUAUUGUUUAGGUUUAGUCUAAUCAGAUCUACGGUUACUCGGCUACUACGCUUUCAAGGAUACGACGACAACACGAGUCGUCUAAGGAUCAUCUGUGUCAACGAGCUGAGGAGAAACCGUAAAAAUGUUCGAGACGAGAGGGAUUCCUUUUAUUCUGCUUGACAUCGCCUGUCUAAUUCUCGCGGGACUGCCCCUGGCAGCCCUUAAAUUGGGCCAAAUCAAGCCCUAUCAGAGGGGCUUUUUCUGUAACGAUGACAGCAUCAGCUACCCCUUCCACUCCAGCACAGUCACCUCCAAUGUGCUCUAUGGUGUGGGCUUCACUUUGCCCAUUUGCUCUAUGGUCUUUGGAGAGUGCCUUUCGGUCUAUCUCAAACGCAUCAAAUCAAAGUCCUCUUUCAGCAACAUGUAUGUGGCCUGUGUUUAUAAAGCCAUCGGCACAUUUGUGUUCGGGGCAGCCAUGAGCCAAUCUCUCACUGACAUCGCCAAGUAUUCGAUUGGCCGGCUCCGACCCCACUUCCUGGACGUGUGCAAGCCUGACUGGAAGCUGAUCAACUGCACGGCAGGCACCUACAUAGAGGACUUUACCUGCACAGGGGACGCACACUUGGCCAAUGAGGGCAGGCUGUCUUUCUACUCUGGCCACUCCUCCUUCUCCAUGUACUGCAUGCUGUUCCUGGCACUGUACAUUCAGGCCAGGCUGCAGGCAGGGUGGGCCAGACUCCUGAGACCAACCCUACAGUUCUUCCUGAUCGCGGCGUCUGUGUACACCGGACUGUCUCGUGUGUCUGACUACAAACACCACUGGAGCGACGUCCUGGUUGGCCUUAUCCAGGGAGUGCUCAUGGCCACACUGGUAGUCUUCUUCGUGUCUGACUUCUUCAAGAAGAAGGUUGAGCCUCAGAAGGAGGAUAUUCCCCACACCACCCUGCAGGAGACACCCACAAAUGGAAACCACUACGACAGCAGCCCCAACUAAACUAUAAAGGAGAGGAGGAACCAUCCGGAACCAUACAUGGCGUGUAGCCAGUGGGGAAGUGUUUACUGCAUGCGCAUCAUACCCCACUAAGGGACGGACCACUGGGGUGGACAGAAAGGCUAAGUACCAAAUGGCCCCCUAUUCCCUAUAUAGCAUAGCCUAUAGGGCUCUGUCAAAAGUACUGUGUAGGGAAAUAGGGUGCUAUUUGGAGUGUUGCCAAACCUGUGAAUGUAACCCUGCUUUGUGCAUUUCUGACCUGGAGCCUAGCUCCCUAUUGAACAUUGAGUCACACCCAUGUUGCCUUGGCUGGACUGCUACUAUCAUAGCUUCCUUUGUAUUAUCAUUACUAUCCCAACAAGACUAAUAUAAAUGUAUCUAUCUAUCUCAACAAGACAAAUAUAAUGUAUCUGUACCUGACUAUCCCAACCAGACUAAUAUAUCUGUACCUGACUAUCCCAACAAGACUAAUAUAAUAUCUGUACCUGACUAUCCCAACAAGACUAAUAUAAUAUCUGUACUGACUAUCCCAACAAGAGACUAAUAUAAUAUAUCUGUACCUGACUAUCCCAACAAGACUAAUAUAAUAUCUGUACCUGACUAUCCCAACAAGAGACUAAUAUAAUAUCUGUACCUGACUAUCCCAACCAGACUAAUAUAAUAUAUCUGUACCUGACUAUCCCAACAAGACUAAUAUAAUAUCUGUACCUGACUAUCCCAACAAGAGACUAAUAUAAUAUAUCUGUACCUGACUAUCCCAACCAGACUAAUAUAAUGCAUCUGUACCUGAAGCAACAAAAGAGACAAACAAAAUACCUUUUUUAUCCAUCCGUAUGUAAAAAAAAUCACUACAGACGUUUUUUUUAAUUAAAAUUGUGUUAACUAUGUACAAAUGUGUUGCACUUUUUGGAAGGAAAAAAAGCCAUUUCAUGCUUAUUAACAUGAAUACAAAUAAAAAAUAUUUAAAAAACA